AGUGACCAGACCCUCAAGAAGGUUUAGGAGUGCUUUGGAAAUCGGGAAUGGGAUCAUUGCAGCAUAAAAGACUAGAUUACUAGAUACAGCCUUGUGGCUCCAAAUCCGGAUCCACAAACAGCAAGAAAAAUACGGGGUCUGGGGGUCUACGGAAGCGGUGGAGGGCCUGGCAUUGGCAGCUCACAGGUGAAGUUAUCUACAGCAAGAAAUAUGAUGCCUGUGGGUUACCGGCACUAGUAGUAGUACCGGUACCGGUAUGCAGCCAGCCCGCACUACUGAAUGCUUCACGGUACCGAUACGGCAAAAUGGUUUGCAGUGAUCAUGACAAGAUGGCAGAGGAGCCAUUUUGAAAGAAACUAUAGGCUCAUGUGUGCAGUGUCGAACUGUACUAGUAUUCAACAGUGGUGAAAAAUUAGACCAUGGCCACCCGGAGCGGCCAUCAGGAAAACGGUGCUUCCGCCCGCCCUAUGUCCAGUUUGCAUAACAAAUACAUGAAAGAAUAUCCCCAGGAGUGUUAUGAUGGAAUGCUCCGGUUGGGGAAUGAAGUGCCUGACUUUUGCGCAGAGACUACGCAAGGACCGAUGACAUUUCACAAGUGGAAGGAGGGGAAAUGGGCUAUUCUAUGUUCACACCCCGCUGACUUUACACCCACCUGUACAACUGAACUCGGAAGUUUGGCAUCCAAACAUGCUGAGCUCACCAGAAUGGGUUGCAGAGUUGCUGCCUUGUCGGUGGAUCCUUUGGAAUCGCACAAGGAAUGGAUCAAAGAUAUCGUGGCUUAUCGCGCCCUUACCCAUGAUGAAAAAGUUACUGUGGACUUCCCCAUCAUAUCGGAUUGCAAUCUGGACAUCUCGACUUCCUAUGGAAUGCUGGAUCAAUGGAGCUGUCCCUGGGAUAGAGACAUGCCAAAAAAGCCGCUGACUAUUCGGGCUGUGUUCAUCAUCAAUCCAGAAAACAAGCUCAUGCUAACUUUGAACUAUCCUGCAUGUGUGGGAAGGAACAUGGACGAGGUUGUUCGUUGUGUCCGGGCGUUGCAGCUGUCCUACAACAAAUCCGUGGCUACUCCCGCGGACUGGCCUCGCAACCAUGGCAAUCUGACUCUGUCCAGCAGUGGGAAAGCCACCAAAGAUUUCGAAGGGGCUGUCUUUUUGUUGCCCACAGUGUCAAAGCAAGAAGCCGAGGUUCACUACCCAGGGUAUCAUACCUGUUCCGAUAUCCCUUCGAAAAAGGAGUACCUGCGCUUGGUCAAAGCUUCAGACGUUGUUGUUGGGUCCGUUCCACCAAUCUGCACAAAAGACAAGCAAAAACGAUCUCAGCGUCUCUUGAAAGGAGAAGGCAAGAAGAGGGGCGUGCUGGGAAGGAUCUUUCGUAGAAUCUCUGCCAACAAGGUUGGAAACAAACCACCUUUGCGCACCGUGACGGAGCAAGCUUCGGGCACUCUGACGGAGCAAGCUUACUAUGAUGUGUAGACUAGCUACCGUAGGACAGUUUGAU